AUGGGCAUUUGGAAUCAAGUUCAAUUGAUCGUGAGACACACUGCUCAUUCUUUCAGAAGGAAGAGAUUUAGUCUCAGGUUCACGCUAGCAGCGGUCUUGAUGAUCAUAAUUUUAAUCGUGGGAUAUCAUGCCUCCUCAAGCUUUGCUGAUUAUGGGGGAUUACCAAAUCCCCUCAAUACAAGUGAUGGGAGUCAAUCUAGUACUGAUACCAAGGAACUUCCAACCGAAGCUGAGCAGUCUCCUAGUUUAGGAUCAUCACAAAGUGAAAGUCAAGCAACUACUUCAAGAGAUGAACAUCUGACUGAAAUGAUCAAGCUUGUGAUGGACCAGAUCAAGAAACACUCUCCAGAUGUUAAGCUUGACAGUGAAAAAAAAUCCGAGUGUCGGAUAGGCGAUAUUGGAACUACUGAUACAGAUAAAUUUGAUAGAUUAACCGAAAAGGAGCUAUCUAAAUGCUUGACCAUUCCAGAAACUGUGAAGAAAGAGCUAAAAGAUCAACAUACAAAGUAUAUCAACGCGUUAAGAGGAGAAACUAUACCUAAAUUUGAUGAGAACGUGUACGAGGGAGAAGGUAUCGUAAUUGCGGCAGGCGGCAAAUUCACUUUGAUGGCUAUGCCUGCUAUCAAAGCUAUAAGAAUGAAUGCAAAUAAAGACAUUCCAAUUGAGAUAAUGAUCCCUCCCGAAGAUAGUGAAGAGAGUGAAUUCUGUCACAAUGUUUUGCCAAAACUGGAUCCCUCGGGGUUAACAAAAUGUGUUUUCAUGGACAAGUUCUUCGACCAGGAAACUCUCGAUAAUGUCCAAGGGUAUCAACUCAAAGCCUUGGCAUUAUUGGCAUCGAGCUUUGAGAAGGCUUUGCUUCUGGAUGCUGAUAAUUAUGUUGUUAAUUCCAUUGAAGGUAUAUUUGAUUCCGAUGUAUUUCACGAGAGAGGUUUGAUUCUCUGGCCUGACUACUGGAGACGUCUGCAUCAUCCUGAUACAUAUGAUAUUGUUGGUAUUGAUAUUAACAGAGAUAAACAAAUCAGAUAUUCAGUCGAUGAUUUUUCACCUUCCGAGAUUUUUGCGAACAUUCCCAUAACCGAAGCAUCAUUUCACGACUUGGAAGGGACCCUUCCCGAUGGAGGUACAGAGUCAGGACAACUAUUAGUUGAUAAAUCAAAGCAUCUCGAUUCUAUCAUUCUUGCUUUAUAUUACAACUAUAAUGGACCCAAGUGUUACUAUCGCCUUCUCGGUCAAGGCUUUGCUGGUGAAGGUGAUAAAGAUACAUUUGCAUUGGCUGCCUAUGCUCUAUCUGCUAAAGGAGAUCAAAGAAGCUUUUACCAGGUGAAGUCUCCCGUUAAUGCCAUGGGUCAUUGGGCCACUCAAGAUGACGAAAUUAGGCUUUUUAAUGAUUCUAUUCAAGACAAACAGUUUCGCGGAGUUGCAAUGAUACAGCAUGAUUAUGUCGAGGACUAUGAACUUUUGAGACUUGCUCAAAGCACCAGAAAUGCAGAUUUUACCGAGCGACUUGCCUCUUUCGAAGAGGAAUGGAAGAAAGAGCAUAACGAUGCUCACGAUCUGGGCGAUGCUAAAAUUGACUUCUAUAAGCAAUAUUUCAAAAAUGAUUACAGCAUUCAAAGUGCUAUGGAAUUCUUCAGAAGUUCAAAAGUUUCUUUUGUGCACUCGCACUUGCCCAAGUACGAACCCUGGAGUUGGGCUGAAUCAGGUGACAUGAUGUUCGAUGGCAAGAAGGCGUAUAAAAAUCACAAGGAUGACAAAAACUAUACUCCAAGUGGCAAAGGGCACUAUAGAAUGUACAGCGAUAACUUCAAUGAAUUGACCAACUAUGACCUAGAGCUUGCUAACUUCGAAUGCUUUCGCGACUACAUUUGCGGAAGCUCUGAUGGGUACAAAAACUUUAGCUACCUCUUAAAACAAGUUGCAAAAAGCGAGGACGGUUCUGAGAAACUUGAAUAUAUGUGUGAUUAUAUUAAAGAAAGGGUCUCAGAUUUGUCGAAAAGUACAUGGUCUGGUAGUGUACAUUAA